AUGUCGACUGUCCGACCGAAUGAUCUGGACCCGGCCAUCCAUCGCGAAGAGCAAGAGCGGACACCCAGGAUAUUUGUCAAAGGACGCAGUCAAUGUGUCUUUUCCAAGCUUCAGAUCACGUCUCGGCUAUGGUUGGACAUUUCUGAGGGAGUGAUACUCUACGAUGGACGCAAGAAGGAGAGACCUAGCGCCCCGACCAUCGACAACUGCCUCCUCUCCGUCAUCUGCCAGUCUUCAGAGAGACGCGUUUCACCAUUUGUUGGCAGAAUACCUUGGUUUCUGUCGUUUUGGAACGCUUUGCCUCUUUUCCACCUGAUUCUUCUGGACCACACCGACUUGUUUCUUUCCUCAGCUCGCAAUCACAUGCGCGUGAUGAGGGCGCUCCUAGUGCUGCGAGCGGCGUUCCAUUCCACCGUCUCUAUGUCGGCAACGUUCACUUCAGCAUCAUAG